AUGGUGGUCUUUUCCGCGGAGAAAUUCCAGGGCAAUCCCUUGGCCGUCGUGUCCGUGCAUGGCAACGCACUCUCUCAGAAACGCAAGGCUCAAAUCGCGAGGGAGUUCAGGUACUCCGAGACCUGCUUUUUGCAUGAUGCUUCCGGCCCCGGCCAGCCACGGCUGCUGGAAAUUUUCACCGAGACGGGCGAGGAGCUGCCCUUUGCGGGUCAUCCUGUGAGUUCUUACGCCUCGUUGGUGAAUUUUACGCAGGAUAGGGCUGACGAGCUUAACCAGGUCAUCGGAGCAGCGUACUAUAUAUUCGGCUAUCUCGAGAGAAUGCACUACGGCGGACCCGCUGACCGAGACACCCAAAAGCAAACCGCCGUCCUCCUGACAAAAGCUGGUCGAAUACCCAUCUUUUUCAACCCCUACCGUCAAGUGGCGGCUUGCGCAGUCCCCUCCAACUACCACGUUCACUCCCAUCGCGUCCCGAUCGAGAAGAUCAUCUCCACACAGCCCCACGUCCAAAUCGUCCCGACCAUUGACAAGGAAAAGGACAAGACGUUCCCUCUGGUCUCGAUUGUCAAGGGCAUGACGUUUGUCCUCGUCGACUUUUCUGAUAACGCUGAGAUUUUUGGCUCCGUGCAAGCGGGGAAGUCCCCCGAAGUCGACCUGGACGCGGAGUGGUCACCGAGUUUUGUAGGCUGUAUGUACUACAAAGUCCUGGCAAAGUCGGAACAGCCUGGCGAACCGGCUAUUCACAAUAUCCAAGCAAGAAUGAUCUCUCACGGUAUCGAGGAUCCGGGAACAGGGAGUGCGUGUUGCGCUCUAGCUUGUUAUCUGGCAUUACGAGACGCAGGCUCAUCGUCGGAGCCGCAGAAACUUGCAGAGGAAGCAACGGACAACGAUUCCGAGCUCGCAAAGAAGACAGAGGAGCUGAAGCUGGCAGAGGCAAAGACUGAGAGGAAAGUAUUUGGAAUUCAACAGGGAGCAGAGAUGGGCAGGUUGUGCACCAUCGCGGUCGAGGUGGACGUCAAGACGGAUGAGCACGGGAAGACAAGCAUCGCGAAUGUGAUCUUGUCUGGGAGAGCUAAUUUGCAUCUCAAAGGGGAAAUUCUGGGUUUCUAA